AUGUUGCAGAGAGCGGCAAGCAAUGCAUAUUCAUGGUGGUGGGCUAGCCACAUCAGAACAAAGCAAUCAAAAUGGAUGGAGCAAAACCUUCAAGAUAUGGAGGAAAAAGUGCAAAAUGUUCUGAAGCUCAUAGAGGAAGAUGGAGACUCCUUUGCCAAGAGAGCAGAAAUGUAUUACAAAAAGAGACCAGAGCUAAUAAACUUUGUGGAAUUUACAUACAAGGCUUACCGAGCUUUAGCCGAACGAUACGAUCACUUAUCAACAGAGUUGCAAAAUGCCAACAACACCAUAGCUUCUGCUUUUCCUGAUCGAGUCCCCUUUAUGGAUGAAGAGGAUGACGAUGGAUCACCAAGGCCUCCAAAAAAACUACCAGAAGGAUUCAAAACAAAUAUUCCAAAGCCUCCCCUUAAAGAUUUAAGAAGUGUCAUAACAACAGCAACAGCCACAAGGAAAUUUCAAUCCAAGAAGACAACCACCGCAGGUGCUGCUCCUAAAGUUGCUAAAUCUGGAUUGAGCAGAAAGGAGGCACUUGAAGAGGUUGACAAGCUACAGAAACAGAUUCUGGCUCUACAAACUGUGAAAGAGUUCGUGAAGAGCUCUUAUGAUAAUGCCAUUGCUAGGUACUGGGAAACUGAGCAGCAGAUCAAGGAAUUGCAAGAGAAAGUUUCCAUUCUGCAAGAUGAACUUGGAGAAGGUAUUGUUAUUGAAGAUGACGAAGCUCGUCGUUUGAUGGCAGAAGCUGCUCUUAAAUCAUGCCAAGAGACAUUGGCCCAGUUGCAAGAGAAACAAGAAAGAUCACUUGAUGAAACCAGAGUUGAAUCCAAAAGGAUAAAGGAUGUCAAGGCCAAGUUAAGCUCUCUCAUGGACGAGUUCCAUUAUGAUCAAAGCAAUUCUAAAGAGCCAAGGGCCAAAAGAGAUGUCAAAAAAGUAGCAGAAACAAAGGACUUGGAAGAAGAUGUGGAUGGAUUGAGUCAGCGGAGACAGGAAUUACAGUCAUUACAGGAGAACCUCAAAGAGCACUUUGAAGCUGGCUCCAAAUCAUCUCUUAGUGUGGCAGAAAUGGCAGAGAAGAUUGAUGAGCUUGUGAGCAAAGUGAUCAGCUUGGAAACAGCAGUUUCAUCCCAGAAUGCUCUAGUAAAUAGAUUGAAAACCGAAACUGAUGAACUUCAAGACCAGAUUCGAAAUCUGGAAGGUGAUAAGGAAAGUUUGAUCAACGACAAAAAUAAAUUGUACGACCAACUGAGGGAAAUGGAAGAAAAACUGCAUGCAGUACAGGAUCUAAACCAAGUUGUUGAAGAAGAGAAUAGCAAUCUCCAAACCCAUUUCACUGAAGCACGUUGUAAACUUGAUCAUCUCUCAGAGAAAGUCCAAAAUGUGCAGCCAGGUGAGGAGAUUAAGCCCGAAGCACAAGUUCCUUUGAAUCAAGGCAAUGUCAUACUGAAUGAUGAAAAGUCAGAAAAGGAGCUUACUGGUUUGGUAGAAGAUGCUAAAAAUUCAGAUAAGGAGCUUGAGGUUGCCGGUACUGCAGAACAUAAUCCAACAUCAGAUAACAAGCUUAAGGUCGCUGGUUCACCAGAAAAUGGUGUACACACAGAUGAUGAACUUAAGGUCACCGGUUCACUGGAAAAUGAGGUUAAGUCAGUGAAUGAGGUUAAUGUCAAUGGUUCCUUAGAAAUGGAAGAGGCAACCCCAGUGGAAAACAAAUCUCCAGAAGAGUUAAAAGAACAAGAGAAGACUCUCAAUCCUGGCAAUAGUGAUGAAGAAGCAACAGUUGCUGUGAGUACUAUUACUGAAAAUCAAGUAGUCAGCCAGCACCAGGCAAGUAACAAAGAAGAUAGUUCUUCAGAGAGUUUCGAGAAACAGCUAGAAAAUGGUGCUAAGCAAAGAUCACCUGAGACAGAGAAUACUCUCAAAGUUGAUCCCAAGGAGCAAGCAAUAGCACAAGAAGAUGAACCUGAUUGGCGGCAAAUGUUUAUGAAUGGAAUGCAGGAUAGAGAACAAGUUCUUCUGACUGAGUACACUAAUACUCUUCGGAAUUACAAAGAUGUGAAGAAGAAACUUUCUGAAAUGGAGAAGAAAAAUCGAGACAACAAUGAUUCAUGUUUGCAGCUGAAAGAACUGAAGACUUCUAAUGCCAUGAAAGAUGAAGAGAUAGGACUUCUACGUCAGAAACUCGGUCUCCUGCAGAGAAGCUUGGAGGGAAAUGAUGAUAUUCUUCAAUCGGAAAAAGAAAGCAUUGAGGAACUUUUAAAAAUUGAACAACCUGAAUCUACAUCGGCCAUUGAAGAGAAGUUCCGGUUGAAAAUUGAUGAAAUUCUAGAGGAGAACUUAACUUUCUGGUUAAAAUUCAGUACUUAUUUCACUGAGAUACAGAAGUUUGAGACCUCUAUCAAAGAUUUGCAGUCUGAGGUAUCAAAACUUGAUGAAAAAGGGAAAUCAUCAGAGGGUAGUGGAAGCAUAAAGUAUUCUCUAAAAUCAGAUGCUCGACCGAUUUUCAAGCACCUCACAGAGAUCCAAAAUGAAAUAACAGUCUGGUUAGAAAAAAGUGUAUUGCUGAAAGAAGAAAUGCAAGGUAGAUUCUCAUCCUUGUGUGACAUACAAGAAGAGAUAACAACGGCAUUAAAAGCCAGUGCUGAAGAUGAUGACUUCAGGUUCACAAGCCAUCAAGCUGCCAAAUUCCAAGGUGAGGUUUUGAACAUGAAGCAGGAAAACAACAGAGUUGCUGAUGAACUUCAAGCAGGUCUAGAUAUUGUAACAUCUCUCCAACUUGAAAUUGAAAAGGCUCUUGUAAAGUUGAAUGACCAAUUUGGGCUCUCAGCUUCAAAGAGACAACAAAAUGGUCAGCUAAGACAUUCAGAGACUCAGGCCAGGGUUCCUCUUAGGUCAUUUAUCUUUGGAGUCAAACCAAAGAAACAAUCAAUCUUCUCCUGCAUGACCCCUGGAAUGCAUAGAAAGUACCGGGCUGACAAGUGA